UCAGUUUGCGGAGACGAGAUGGAGUCCGAUUCACUGAAGUGGGUAGGUUCACCUUGCGGUUCACACGGUCCGUAUAUAUUCUACAAGGCUUUUCGGUUUAACCUUGACGGUAAACGGAGGCUUGUGUCGCUGGGAGACUUCUUCUUGGUGCGCUGUGAGCCGGGGGAGCCGCUCUGCAUCGCCGAGCUGCAGCUGCUCUGGGAGGAGAGGAGCAAACUCCAACUGCUGUCCAGCUCCAAACUUUAUUUUCUACCAGAGGACACCCCGCAGGGGCGGAGUGCCAGUCACGGCGAGGACGAGGUCAUUGCAGUGACUGAGAAGGUGAUUGUUCGGUUGGAGGACCUGGUCAAAUGGACAGUAUGGGACCCCGAAGCGUGGAACAGAGGAAUGAAGGCUUUACCCCUCAAUAUCAGCUCAGACAGAAGCGGGGCAGAUUCCUCACUCUGUUACCAGGAUUCAACUCUCAACUGUGGCCUUAACUUCAAAGAUGUGUUAAAAGAGAAAGCAGCACUGGGUGAAAGUGUGACACAGAAACAGGUAGUAGUCCUGUCCUACCCCCGCUACUGCAGGUACCGCUCGGUUGUGGCCCGUCUACGCAAGCAACCGAGCUCUCUGCUGAGCAACCAGGUGGUUUUGGCACUGGGGGGCAUCGCAGUGUUUUCUGAAAACUUGCACAUCCUGUACUGUCGAGAAACGUUCGAACACCCGACGCUACCGCACAACGACAGUGUGUGUGAUGAAUUCGCUCCUAACCUGAAGGGUCGUCCCAGGAAAAAGAAAGUACCCAGCCCUCAGCAUUGUGGUCACGGGUCAGAGGCUAAUGGAAGACGUCAAACACCACCUACUUCCAAGGAGACUGAACAAAAGGGAAGAGGAACCAAUGUCAAGAUAACAGCACACAAAGUAAGCUUAUCUAAACCCAGAGGAAACAGCAGCAGCAGUGAUGUGAGUGACAGCAGCGAGAUCACAACACUUCCACUGUCAGAGGAGAAACGAGGAAGAGGACGGGGGGUGGAGUACAGAGAGGAGGAGCAGGCCUUCCUCGUGUCUCUGUAUAAAUACAUGAAGGAGAGGAAGACGCCGAUUGACAGGAUCCCCUACCUGGGCUUCAAACAGAUAAACCUUUGGAUCAUGUUCCAGUCUGCUCAGCAGCUAGGAGGAUAUGAUGUGAUCACAACUCGUAGACUGUGGAAACACGUUUAUGAUGAGCUUGGAGGAAACCCAGGCAGCACCAGCGCAGCAACCUGCACACGUCGACAUUAUGAAAAGCUCAUUCUGCCCUAUGAGAAGUUCAUCAAAGGGGAAGAGGAUAAACCUCUCCAGGACAAAACCAAGGAGCAGGAGGCAGAGUCAAGCACUGAAUCUUCUAAUAGUACCCUGAAGACCAAGCUGACCGAUGAGGGGAAGCAGCAAGCCCAGAAACCUUGCCCUGAAGAAGAUAACACCCUGAAAACCAAAGACCACAUCCUGAGCAGACCAGAUUUGAUCGAACAAAAUCCUCAGCUGAAAAUUGAACCCCAAAUCUGCCUGAGCCGUUUGGAUCCCUUACAGCCUUCACGUAGUAACAGAAAAAGACAAAGCCCGACACAAAACGACAGGGAGACACAGAUGAUCACUCAACAAGAGGAGAAAGAUGAAGUCAUGAGAAAGAGGAGAUAUAGUGGACAUGACCUCACCUACUUGGCAACUUCUCCUCUGGCCACUCCAAAGGUUUUAAACCAUGCCAACUCAGUAGUGGAUCUCUGGCAGCAGGAGCUAGUACCAGUAAAGGACCAGGACCAUACUGGGAAACCAAGAAAUUUACAGUCUCCAACAAUCCCAGACCCAUCGAAUGAGCAAGCUGAACUACCAAGGACUGACAACACUUCCUUGGAUUUCACAACCUUCCUCCAGUCCUCUGGAGUUAACAAGAUGAUAAUAUCUCCAGCAGCAAAGAAAAAGCUCCUGUCACAGGUCAACAGAACUGGAUUACUCAAUAAUAACUAUGGUCAGCCCCCUCUGCUCCCUCGCUCCAAUUUAAGCAACUGUAACUUUGAAGAGGCAGCGGAGCGACCAGUUGUAGCUGCGGAACCAUCAUUUGUGGUACUGAGUCGGCCUUCUGUGAUACAGCAAGCACAGAGCUCCGAGGCACAAGUUCAGAGAGGUAGAGCGAGAAAGAUUCGAGAAAGCACACGUCCUCCUUUAUAUUCACGUGAUCAUUUACAUUAUAGGCCUCCUUCUCACUCCCAUCCAGAAGAACCACAGUGUUCCUCAAUACCUUUGCUGAUGCCAAAGAUUCCCCAUUCCAGCCAGAUACUUCCUGGCUUCCCUCAUGGAUCUAAAGAACCCCAGACACAAGGACUUACUCCCUUAAGAGACUUGAAUAGCUCUGCAAGAUUCCUUCAGUCUGCUGCGUCUCGUGAUUUAAACUACCCCGCUUUUACUGAUCAGGGAAAAUCUUCCAAUCCAACAACAAUAUCUGAUGAUCAACCCACAGAUCUAAGUCUCCCAAAGUCUUUAUUUAAACCACGUCCACAACCCUACAUCUCCUGUCCAAACACAUGUUCCAUAAUGUAUCAGGAAAGUACCCCACCUUUCAGUGUUGGCCAGUACUCCAGAGCUUACCAGGUGCCUCCACUUACUGGGUUGCUUCCAAACAUACACAGUCCUAGACAAGAUGUAGCAGUUGAACACUAUUCUAGGGCCACUAACCUAUCAGUAAAUGGUAUGGUCUCCAAUGGAGCAGUAGGAGACAUGAGAAAGCGACAACGAUCAGAGACUGAUCUUUACAACAAAAUGAUUGAACCGACCCAUGCUGGCAGAAUUGACUCAGGAUCUCAGCUUGCAGCAAACAAUAUCUGUCUUGUACGACCCCUCAACCAGGGAAGGAACAAGAGAAGGACGCAAGCGGUUUCUCGCAAGGAGGUACCUUCCCCAACGCCUACGAGAAGGAUCAAGACACCAGAAAAUUCAGUUGACAGAUUUGUGGAAGGAGGUGCAGAGGGGGCAAAGGGAAGAGGACCUGCUUCCCACUCUCUCCUCUUCAACCUUGCUACCCCUCAAAUCUACCCCAUCACACUUUAUCCCGCAGGGGCCCUCGCAUUCUGUCAGGUUCAGGACAUGUGCAGGGAUACCUUAGCCAUAGACUACCCCCAUUCUUCCCCCAUUCUUUCCAGCCACCAAAAUCAAUCAUUGGACGUCCUUUCUCCAUUGGUCUCGCCCUUUGCCAUCCAUUCUUUGAUGAUGCAAAGGCAGCUGUUGUCUCACCCAGCUCUCUACCAACUACCACCUUCAUUUGACGACCUGGUACGCCACGGUCUGUAUUCAGUCAACCCGCUGCCCGCCUUCAGCAAGCCACAGAUAAACUCAGUUCACCCAAGCACAAACCUCUCUUAAUGUACAGGCUGUGACAAUUGACAUUACUCUCCCUUGGGACUCAGGUCUGAUGGUUUCUAAGUACGUGUGUGGAAUAUGAUUUUUACAAUUCUCAUAUAGAUCACAUGGCUAUAUGUAUCAUACAGGCUUGGAUCCUGAUUCAUGUGAUCUACACCAGACUUGUAAACUGGAAUUCAUUUUUACAUCAAUCUGCUUUUUUUUUUCAUUUGGACAGUAGAAAAAGCACAGGUAUAAAUAAUGUAAUCUUUGAUGACUCUUUUCCAUUUAGCUGCUGUGGUUUCAGGGUCCUGGUGUUGCACAUUCUGGCUCACUGUUGUGAUGGAUGGACGGUACCAAGGCACCAAAACUUGUUUCACCCCUGUAACACCUGUAACAUAUUAUUUUAGUAUAUUGUGUUAGGGUUUGUGCCAAAUGAAGAACUCCACAAGACUGUUGCCUCCAUCUUUAAAUGUCAUUGGUGCUGUAGUAAACGUUUCAUUUAGCAGAUUGACUAAAUGCUCAAGUGAGAUCAGAAUAUGAACACCCAUGAGCUCUAUUCAUAUUUUGUCUCAACAAAACUAUUUUAUGUGUAGACUUUACAAACACAUGUAUUAUUCAUUUUACUUUAGCAUGUUGUACAAUAAUGUAUAUUUACUGCAGCAGUUGUGAUACAUAAAUGACACAGGCUUCUCAGACUUUGCAUACAUGUGAAAGUGAAAGUAUUAAAUCAGGGAGGUGUUGCAGUGCUUUGAGGGGAAGUCCUGCAUACUAUCACAUAUCACUGUGCUUGCUCAGUUCAGUGCCCCCUGAGCUUUAAAUCAUUCUUCGGCAUAAACAGACAGAAAGCACCUUUGUAAGGUUUCAUCAGCCCAUCAUUAGCUGGCUGAUAUACUUGAAUAGAACAGAGUCAUUGUUAAUGUUACUACGACAAGUCGUGAAUGUCUACUACUAUUUU